UUUUGUACUAUAAAAGAACGAAAUUUUAUUCAAAAAAUAUCUCCUCAAUAUUCUGCUGCUCAGUUCUAAACUUCUCAACAACAUGACCGAUGAAGACUACGACAGUGGAGGGAAUGCUGCUGCAGGUGGUGCGCUUCUGGGACUUGGCACGAUAUGGGUCUUCCUUAUGUAUCUUCCCUGCUUCUGUUGUUGUGCUGUUAUUCUCUACAUGCUUGUGCAACACAAUAAGAUCAAACGGGCAAAGGCUGAGGUCGCGCUACUUCAACAAAACUAUAUGGCCAACCAAAGUCCCAAGAAAUGAGAAGUUCUAA